AAUUUGGUUUAUGUUUCAAUAAAUGCUUAAAUAGAUUACUACAUAUUUAUUAAUAUAAACAAUAGUUUUACUUUAAUUACAGGUGUGGGAACCAUUUCAGGCAAUCCAGUUCUCUCAGAUGUGUUUAUUAUGAGUGAUGAUACAUCGUGGACGGUUGAACUACUGGAUGAGAUAAACAGACAAUCACAAUUGAUAUGCACAAGCGAAGAAAACUGGGUUAGUGGUUAUACUAGGGUGUGCAAUUUGGUAAGGUCUUUGGCCAGAAGCAAAAAGGCAAUCAUUGGAUUCUCAGAGCAACCUCAGAAUGCCAUGACAGAGUAUGCUACUCACGUUCUUAUUCAAAAUAUGAUAAACAAUAAUGAACUGGAUAGAGGCAGGCUACUGCCAGUGAAGAUAACAGACGGUGCGGACACGCCACUUAUCAGUCGUGGAUUUAUUGAAGGAAAAGCAUCGGAUGCAGACUUUAUGCCAAGUUUAUUGAAAGCUUUAAGUGACUGUGAUAAUCUUGGAACGCCUUGUCAAGUGAAGUUGAAGAAAAUGUUAUUAGAAGGUGCAGGAACCUCUAGACAACAAGCAAAUCUUGAAAAGGAAUGCUCUAUUGAUAUUUUUGAGAAUACUAAAUCUUCAACUGGAAGCGACUUUGAUUGCUAUGUUGCAAGCUGCGAUGGUAAAUGGGAAGAUGAAGUUUGCACAGAGUUAAAAAAGAAAAACAAAAAUCUGAGAGUGAUCUGUAGCAAGAAGAUUAUUCCUAAUUGGCCUACUACAAAAAGGAAACGCAAGAAGGUAUUAGAUGUUAGUAGUAAUUUACUAGAACCGGUACACAGCACUAAGACGACGAUUGUUGGGUUUAAAGGCAAGAAGGUUAAUGGAUAUUUAAAAGGUAUUGCAGAAGCUGUUAUUGAAAGACAAUUUGAAGAAGGUGAUGACUUUGGAUGUUUGAUACCUGUGAAGAUAAAGCGAGAUGCUGUCAUACCGUCUUGUGUGAAGAAGUUUAGACCUCUUAACGCCUUCGACGACAACUUUCACGAAAAUGUUUGGCAAGCUGUAACUGGAAUAGAAUUUGAUUGCUAUAUUGUAAGUUGUGAUGAUAACUGGGAAAAGAAAGUCUGUGCAGAGUUAAAAAGGAGGAACAACAAAUUAAAAGUGAGCUGUAGAUAUGAGCGUCUUUCUGCAAAAUUUCUAAAACAAAAACGAAUGAAGACCUUAGGUAAUGGUGAUGUUUUGGAUACUCUAUUGCAACCGAUACUGGGCACUAAAAAGACAAUUAUUGGGUUUAAUGACAAAGAGGUCAAUGGCUACUUAAGACGUGUUGCAUUAACUGUAUUGGAAAGACAAUGUGAAUUAGGUGAUAAUUACGGAGGGUUGAUACCUAUACGGAUAACGAAAGAUGCAGACAUACCGUUUAGUGUAAAUUCGUUAAGUCUUCUCAAAGCGUUCGACGACAACUUUCAUGAUGAAGUUUGGAAGGCUGUGACUUCAAUAAGUGUACAAGUGAAUGUUAAGUGCAUAAAUACUUCCUCGAACUUCAAGGAAAUUAAUGACGUACUACAAACUAUUGUGGAGAAAUUCCAAAAGAUUCAUAGCCCGCUUCAUGACAAAAUAUCAAAGUACAUAAAAGAGAUUGGAUUAAAAUUCAACGGGAUUACAUACGGAUCAAUUAUUCUGCACCUAUCUACACAAGAUCCCGUAGCAUUAAGGCGCCUAUCAGAUUCUAAAGAGCGUGAAACCAUUAUAAAUCGACUUGCACAUAUCCUACUUCCACCAAAGCUUCAGAAAGAAUUUUGUCAAAAUUGGUCACUAAAUAUUGACAUGGAAAAAUAUGAUACUGCUCUAAUGGAACUGGAAACACACAACAACAUCUAAUGGAGGGCUGGACAGUCAGAAUAAUUUUCUGUUCAUAUUAUGUGUCUGUGAGUUGUUCAUUACUGACCUUCGGUAUUUUGUACCUGUCUGACUGAAGGGUUUCUAUAAAACGAAGACCGAAGACCCAAAAACGAAGACCCCUAUUUUUUUUAUC